AUGAAUCUCAACAGAUAUAUCUCCAAGGUCACGAGGAAGGGCAUCUCUGAUGCUUUACUCAUUUUGGCUGUGAUUGGCAGUGUCAUAUCAAUCAUACUGGUCUUUAUCGUCUUUAUCGCUGGAACCACAAUCAUCCGUGGCGAUCCUGAUCAUCUUUUAUGGAAGCCAUUGGCUUUGGUGUCGUUUGAGGGUAUUAUCCCUAACAAUGACACCUCGCGCUUCUUGGUCAAGUUAAACUGGUAUGCCAGUUCUUUCGGAUGGGAACAUCCCACAGCCCCCAGAGGUCUCCCCAAAGCUGGAAUCACCUCGUCUGGACUACGAUAUCACUCCACUAUCGUCAACGAUCUCCAUGAGAUCGCUUCAAUUCUUCGACUACCUGAAGACUCAGUUAACUGCCCACGACCCGGCCCAUAUGAAGACCCAUGCGGGAAUAUCUUCUUCGAGGCCUGGCGAAGCUUUAUGGCUAGCGGCGGACUCCCCAUCCGUAGCUGGUAUGUCUGGUUUACCAUUGUCUGGGCUCUUUACCUGGGAACUGCGGAUAUCUUCCGUGAGUGGAUUAUUCCCAACAGACCUCAUUGGAUAAAGUGUCGCUGCUUUAUCGGUAAGCGAUGGUGCCCUCUUCCCAAGGGUAGCAAGGAGGAGAUCGAGCAGUUCGACGAUUAUGUCUGGGACAAGGUUCGCCUAUAUUACUGGGCUGUCUCGGCCCUCUUUUUCGGAAUCGCUGCCGGACACACAUGCCUUAACUCGGUAAUGUUUGUUCGAUACCUGGCGUACUUUGAAGAGCGAUUGCCAGAUGGCAUCAACAUGCACGGAAGGAGACGGCUGGCCUCGGAGAUUCUGCUCUGGGUGGCCUUUGGAAUCAAGACUUUUGGUGCGCUAUGCAUGGUAGUUAGGUGGAAGUUGAGCAGGAGGCCAAAGGGCUGGACUGACGGACAGAACCUUGGACGUAUUGAGCGCUCCAAGCCUAAAAGUGCUGACGGAGGACAAUACACUGAUUAG